CACCCGGCUGCGAGACAGGGACGGCACGAAAACAUCAACUUCGGCGGCGGCGGCGAGGUUCCGAGCGAUUUUCAACGCCUUACCGAGCUCAGUUUGAUUUGUGUAAUCUAAUCGAAAGAUUGUCCGGGUUGAAGUUUGUUCUGUCUUCUCGGGGAAGAUCGCGCGCGAUUUUUUUAAUUCUGGGAGUUUAGUGGUUUUGACAAGUGUUGUGGUCGUUUGGGUUUGUUGAGUUGUCCAUUAGGUUCGCGGUGAUCUAUCCAAAAGAUCUUUAUUAGGCAAAAGUCGGCGUGACAUUGAACUUCACCGCGGUUUCCGAAAAUAGAUCGAGCAGUUGCAACAGUGCAGUGGGAAACGAAAAAAAAAAUUGCUGGUGAGGGAAAAACUGCAUCAAAGGAAAAGCUUUUGGAGUGUUGUGUGUGUAUUUGCUCUCAAAGAGAAAAGUGUUGAUUUUCCGGAAGGAAACAAAAAGAGAAGAAAGGAAGACAACCUGUCGGAAGUGUCCGGUUUCCAAGUGGAUCUAAUUACCCGCGCUGUCAGCUUCUGAAGGCGACAUUGUCGUGAAGGAGUGAAAGGUGUAGUGCAGUGCAGUGUUGCCAGCCAGCAGUAGAAGCAGCCGCGAUGAGCAGCGCCGAGGAAAGACGGGCCUCGUUUGCCCGCCGGGCCGAGAGUCUGAUCGAGAGGGUGAGAACACUGAACACGAUUUAUGAGAGAUACGCAGUCAACACAGAAAAGAGUGGAGAAAUUAUAGUCACAGUUCAGGGUGACCUGACACAGCAGGAAAAACGAGCCGUCUUCCUCACCGUGCACGAUCUUGGAUGCAAUCAUGCCUCCUUCGAGGAGUUCGUCAACAGUGCGUGCAUGAUCGAGAUCAAGGAACGAUCCUGCUUCAUCCACAUCGACGUUCCUGGCCACGCUGACAAUGCCCCAAAUCUCGCAGAAAACUUCCAGUUCCCGUCGCUGCAACUGCUCGGCGAGGAGCUCGUCACGGUUCUGGACUUCCUGCACGUCAAGUACGUCAUCGGGCUGGGCGAGGGCGCGGGCGCCAACGUCCUGGCCCGCUUCGGGCUGGCCCACCCGUCGCGCCUCCUCGGCCUCAUCCUGAUCAACGUGACCGGGUCGGCGGCGUCCGUCAUGGACGCGUUCAAGACCAAGUUCAUCAGCUGGAAGGGCAACGAGCUGGGCCAGUCGGCCGAGGACUUUCUGCUGUACCACAAGUUUGGCUAUCAACUGGUCGGGGACAAUCCGGACAAGGAGAAGAUUGUGGCCGAGUUCCAGAGCCGUCUGCACAGCUCGCUGAACAACAAAAAUCUGAAGCAAUACGUUAAAGCAUUUAUGAAUCGCAAGGAGCUCCCGCUGAAGAACUGCAAGGUUGACCUGCUCAUGAUCACCGGCGUGAUGAGCCCUUACGCGGGCGUGGUCGAGAAGCUGUACAAGGAUCUGAACAAGGAGAAGGUCACCCUGCUGAAGGUGGAACGGGCCGGGGAUGUGCUGGCCGAUGCUCCCGCCAAGGUGGCCCAGUCGAUCCUGCUGUUCUGCAAGGGUCAGGGCCUGCUCACGUCGGUGGCCAUGCCCGGGGUGGACCGGAACCGCGCCUUCUCGACCAGCUCGGGUGGCUCGACGGACGGUACGCCCGGAUCGCGCCGGCUGUCCCGCGGCAUGUCCAUGGAGGACUACGACAAACCGAACAUCAGACGGCUCAGCUACUUUUCGAGUAAAUCGAUUUUUAAAUUUUUUCCUUCAUACAUGGAUUCUCCGCCCGUGAAACCUCCGAGGGCCGUCAAAUACGGCAAAGAAACGAGUGGCUGCGGGCUGCUGGUUUCGGUCAUCAAAACCCUCGAUGCGAGCGAAACGAACGAGCAGCGUGAGCGCGAGAAGCUCAAGAUCGAGAAGGAGUUCCGCAAGACUGACCAGCGGUUGAACGAGCUCGUGUCGCAGAACGAUGGCGACCUCACGCGGGUUAUGCAGCUGUUCGGGAAGGUUUCCACCCAGAUCACCGGCUCGCGCGAAAGGAUCCACGUGGUCAAGGAGAACCUGCAGACGUGCAAGCAGUUGCUGCGCUGUCGGCGGGAGGAACUCAAAAAGCUGUACACGGACGCCGUCCAGCACAAGUACGUGCUGGAGAUGCUCGAUCAGGUGAACGAACUGCGCAAAACUCCCCAACAGCUGGCGUCCUUCAUGGCCAAGAAGCACUACCUGCACGCGACGAAGCUGCUGAUGUCGUCGAUCGAAACCACCGAGGGUCCGCUGAAGGACGUGGAAGGGCUGAACGACCUACGGCAGGACUUCCAGAACAAGCGGCAACAGUUGUACAGCAAACUGCUGGAGGAGCUGAACAAACAUCUGUACAUCUCGAGCACCGGCGAUGUGCUGCAGAGCUUCCAACGGCAGGGUUCCGGCCGGAACAGUCAGCACGUUGCCGGUGCUUCACCGUUUCAGCGGAACGUGCUGCGACGAUCGGCGGAGCGGAUGGAGGCCAACACGAAAGCCCGGAAGGCGUUGUUCGAAAUCGCACAGAAUGGCUACCUCGACGUUGACAAGAGUGAAAUCAUCGAAGACACUGACCUGCUCGAUCCGGAUGUCAAUUCAACCUAUUUCAUAGGAAUCAUUAUUGAGUGCUUUGCAUUGCUGAAUAAAGUGCCUGAAUCCAUAGAGUCUAUAAGAGUACAAAUGCAAAGCGAACUGCUGACGAUCGUCACCAAGUCCACGCAUCACAUCAUCACGCUGAACCAGCAACAGCACCAUCAGAACCCGUACCAGCAGCAGUACGGCCCGUCGAACAACUCCGAAGAGCUUCCAGAGCGCAACAUUCCCAUCCUCGAGCUGCUCGAUCUGGUGUUCCGGCAGCUCAAGCUGAUCGCGACUGCUCACCAGCUAACGCUGAAGAACUACCACAACGUGAUCCACCGGUACAACCUAUCGCAGACAAAGGCGUACGAUCUGAUCGAGUACUGGGGUCAAGCGCAAGCGGUCCUUAAGCUCGUACUCACCGACUAUCUGGACAUCCAGAACGACAGCAGCGACGAGCUGAUGCGGGCGCAGUUCACCGAACAGGCCACCAACAUCAACACGUUCUUCAGCCGGCGGAAGGUGCAGGGCAAGAAGCUGAUGUUCAAGUUUGACAAGUCUUCGCACACGAGCCUGCUGGAGCCGGACACGAGCGCGAAGGAACACCGCCGGAAUCCGUCGAACGUGUCGAACAGUACGGCGAAAGAGGACGCGCUGAACGCGUCUGGCGGUAACGGCCAGAACUUGCUCAACUCGAGCUUUAGCAAGCAGACGGCGUCGGGGUUGGGUCCGGAUCGGAAGAAGCAGGAGCGUCAGCUGGUUUGUACGCCGGAUGCCGCACUGGUGCGACAGAUCUACCUUCCGAUGAUGGGCUACGUCCACGAGAUCGAGGGAUUCAUGAAGUGCAAAUCGGGCCAACUGUGCAGUUUGAACACCUUCUUGGCAAACUACGUGAAAGAUGCCUAUCUGGCGCGAGGCCACAACCGGAACUUGCAGUUGACGAUCGAAUCGCUGUCCAAGACGCAGGACGCGUGGCGUUCGAUCAUCACGCCCGAGGAGAUGAAGCGGCUAGGGUUGACGCGACCGCUGCUCCAGAAUACCGUGCUCGUCGAGAGUCGAAUCUCGGAAACCAAAAAGCUCAUACUCGACCUGCCCACGUACUCGGAUGAGCUGCUCAAGAUGGUGUGCUCGCUGCUGAAGACGUACCGGGAGACAUGUCAGGCGGCGUACCGCGGAAUUGUACAGCCGGAAACGGAGGACAAGCGGAUCUACAGCGUGGCCUGGCUGAAGGACGACGAUAUUACGCGGUUUCUGAAAUCUCUCCCGAACUGGACAGACCUAAAAUCCUCGAACGCUCGCCAUCGAGCCCAGCAACAGUCCGGCGGCAAGCGCCACAUGAAGGCGGAACCAUCGGAGGAGGAAAGUCCAACAGCCGUCCAGCAGCGCAACGUCCGCGAGGCGGAAAUGCUCACCAGCAAUCUUGGCGAGGGUGGCAUCUCGCAGCAGGAGAUCCUGUCGGACGUCGGAGUCCUGAAGGAGCUGGCCAUCCUGCAGGAAAGUAUGGAGUGGUUCGCCGGUCGGAUUACGGACUUUGCGGACGAUCUGCGGAAGCCGAUCGUGAACGGGUUGAUGGCGAGCGGUGGGAUGAACGCGUCGCCGAUCGUCGUGAAGGACGGCAUGAUCAAGGUGUUGGUCAACUUGGCGCUGGAGUUUGAGGAGUUGGCCAAUACGUGCCUGCUGGUGCUGCACCUGGAGGUGCGUGUCCAGUGCUUCCACUAUUUGAAGUCCAGCCCGUCGGACAAGUUCAAGGCAAACAACCCGAACAAGAACGACUCGCUGGAGCCAGACGCGAAGGUGCUGAAGCUGACCAAAGUGCUGUCGGAUAUGGAUGAGGCGCUCAGUUCGACGCUGCAUCCGAGGAAGACCAAGUACGUGUUCGAGGGCCUUGCCCACCUGGCCUCCCGCAUCCUCAUAAUGGCCGCCAACUCGAUGGAGUUCAUCGACCACGCCGGCGUCCAGCGGAUGUGCCGCAACGCCCUAGCCCUGCAGCAAACGCUCAGCAGUAUUACCGCUUCCCGGGAGGUGGCCCUCGACUACGCGCGGUCAUUCUACGAAAUGUUCUACCUGGAGCCGGAUGAAAUCCUAACCUCAAUCAUCGAAAAGGGCUCGCAGUUCACCGAAAUGCAGUAUCUGAACGCGCUGCACCUGAUCUGCAAGAACCGGGGCGUCACCGACCAGAACACGCUGGCCAUGUACCAGCAGAAGCUGAGCGACGUGCUAGGAACCAAGCCGGGAAUGGGCGUCACCGUUUAAUAAUAAUACAACGUGUUGUGUAGCGUUGAGAACGCAAACAGGCGAAAUAAAUUGUUGCUAAAAUGUUGUUUAAGAAUCUGGAAGCGCUAUUAAAAAAUGUAGCAAACAAAAUAUCAUGCGAUAAAACAGCAGACUAACUAAUAAACUAGAAACUUAGAGAGUUUAUGCCAAACGGCCAGAAUGUUACGCGGCGCGACGAAACUAUUUGAAAAACAAUAGUUUGACAUAAUGACAAACUCGUGUUCAUCAUAACCCUUACAGUAGGAAUAUCGAAGGCGCAGAGAGGAAGAAAUGAAGCAGGUAUUACGUUGAUAUUUAACACUGGAAGAUCGAAAAAAUGCCUUUUGCUUUAUCUUCGGUUGGUCGGAGGAACUAAUCGAUGAAUUUUGGUUUAAUUUUUUGACGAACGCCUCAUUUCGCCUUGAUUUAUUUAUUCUUUUAUUUGGAAAUCACAGUAAUGCUCGUGGUAGAUGCGAAAGCUUACCUAAUGUAAUGAUUUGUUAGGUUGCUAACCCAUGUUGAACGAUAAUAAACAAAACAGAACAGUGAAAA